UGGCUCUUACUAUACGGAGGAAAAUCGUGUUCCUUCGGUACGGCACGGUUCUCCUUAGGCGCUUCGAUGCAGUCAAACAGGUCUGAGCGAUCGUACAGCACCAGUCCUUUCUCGUCCAUCGUCGUAGUCGCACCGUCACACGUGCACAUACAAGAGAGAUAGAAAGAGAGGGGGGAGAGAAAGAGAGAGAAAGAGAUUGAGAAUAUACAAAGACGAGCACAGCGACCGAGGAGGAAAAGAGGUGAAGGAAAAAAUCGCGAGGAAACAGCGGGGGAAGUAGAAAAGAAGGAGAAGAAAGAGAGAGAGAGAGAGAGAGAAAAGGAAUAGAAUAAGUAUCGGACGAGGAAGUGCGUGAAUUACGAUCAAUCGAAAUUGUAUGGUUCAAGCAUGACACGCCGCCGGUAGCGGUCUGUGAAGAGAACGAGACUAAUCGGAUAUAGCGAAGCUCUCAAGAAGAUCACCGGCCAUUGCGAGGGAAGAAACAAUUUUCUUCGAAUUUGAACGUUAAAUAAUUGGAGAAAUAUGUGAUCGAAGAUAAGGUAUAAUCGGUAUAAUAAGAGCAAACGGAACGUUCAAUGGAAAUGAGAGAUAUGAUGUGUAACAUAUGAUAACGGACUGGAACAGUUGCUUCGGAACACUUCUUAUUUGUUGACUUACAAUUAGUGAACCGGGAAACGAGACUGACAUUUGCGGUGGAUUUUCAAUUUGUGUGAGAUGAACCAGCAGUGCAGGGUAUGCGACGAGCCCGCAGCGGGGUUUCAUUUCGGGGCGUUCACAUGCGAGGGUUGCAAGUCAUUCUUCGGUCGCACGUACAACAAUCCCACUAACGUGACAGCAUGUAAGAACGGCGGCAACUGCACGAUCAACAAGAGGAAUCGGACGGCUUGCAAAGCCUGCCGAUUAAAGAAAUGCCUAGAAGUCGGCAUGUCCAAGUCGAGCUCGCGCUACGGCCGGCGCUCGAAUUGGUUCAAGAUCACUUAUUUUUCGGAGCAAAUGGGGCUGUGUAAUCGAAACGUGAACGGAGCAUCGCUCCGUCCUCUGAUGUCUCCGUCCUCUGGUAUCACUCCUGCAUCUUUCCGUUUAAAUUAUCCGCAAGUGACGCAAAAUGAUGGCAGCGCCGAAGCGGACAACGGCGCGUCGACCAGUCAGGAAAACCUGGCGGCCCAGUACCCGUACCAUACAUCACCUGCAAUGCUACAGAGAUCGGACGGAUCGUCUCACCCCGACGACGUGGCUCUGUACCAUCGACUCUAUCUGCGCAAUUGGUAUUUGGGGGAACAUCAGCCACAACUACCAUCUAUCACAACACCGCCGCCUACAUCGAGGGAAGUCUCAUCAUCGCCGCUCGACAAUCGUUCGCCACGGCAACAGAGUCCGUCCACGGAGACUUCGGCGACGUUAACUCAGGGGACGUCGUUUCACUCGUCAGAUUCUUACCGAUCACCCAUACAGUCGGAAUCAGUGUCGAGAAAUAAUACGAGAAACGAUGGAUCCGAGAGCGAGUACAACGAUGACGAUCAUCUUCGCGAUGUACAAUCCAGGAGCAGUUCAAGUCGAUCACCAUUCACACCUACGAGAGCGAACGAGCAAGAGUCGUCCAUACCCAGAGUAUCGAUCAACGGCAUGCUCAUGCUCACGGGUCAACAUCCCCUGUUACUCCCGGGGGGGAUGUUCACGUCGGCGGCACCCUCGUUGGCGACAUCUCCAUGGAGGUAUAACAAUCUACUUCUGGUUAACCCUAAUUCUAACAAUCCUGCCGGCGACGAGCCAAUAGACCUCAGCAUGCGAACGAGUGGCAGUCCGUCGCGAUCUAGAGAAUCACCGGAGAAGGAAGAGAAGGAGGAGGAACAGGACGAGAAGAACGACAGGUCGCCCAAUGAAGAAACCACGGCGUAUCCGCUCGAUCUGACCCUCUCCGCUGGUACGUCCUUGACGGCGAAUUGUUUUUGAGAAUCAUGAGAAUCGAUUGGACCGAUUUCAAUUCUCGGACUUUCGAUUCGCCUUCAGAAACAUUUUGUCUCAAGAAACACGCUUAAAGAUCUGCGCGGUUUCUAGGAAAAGCAAACUUGAAAACAAUUCAAGAGAAGGACGAUAUUUAUAAUUGUUGCAACUCUACUAAUGAAGUGAAACAGAAACGAAUAAUGUAGCGAGGAAAACGAUGUAUAUAAAAGUAUUUUCACGAUGGAAAACCAAUAGUGAUGCUGACGGGGAGCGAGAAGCGCUGCAGUAAAAUUAUUUUGACCGGCAGUAAUAGAUAGUACCAUCAUGAAAAUGUGUUCAUUUUGUGCAGUACGUGGAACGAUAAAUUUUGACGCAAUUUAUAUUGAUUUAAUUUAUUUCACAGACUAAUUAAUAUAUAUAUAUAUAUAUUUAUAUGACUGUCGUUUUAAUCAAUGCUGUUUUAAAUCAAUACUAUUUUUUCGAUACGAAUCAAAUUACUGAUUAAUUAAUAUUUCGAAAAUUAUUAUAUUAUAUUAUCACAGGUAUAACUGCAAAAGAUGUCUGCUAUAAAAGAUAUCUUACAGAUUCGUUAGUCAUUUUAUAAUCAAUGUCGUUUCAAACAAAUGAACAAAUACAUAAUCUCAAGUUUUACUGUUAGUAUAAAUAAUCGAGAAAUUGAUUAUAAACAACACGCUACAUUUCUGUUUACGAGAUAAAAAUGAAGAUGAUAUUUUAUAUAAUAAACCAGAGUGAGAUAUAUUGGCCAGUAAUUAAAAGCUUUACUAUAUUUAUGUUGUAUAGAGUCACACAGUCACACACAAAUACACAUACACAUACAUAAAAGUAUGAUAUGUAUAUCUAUGUUUCUCCUAAAGUAACAAAAUAUUUUUAUAACUAUUGACGGUACGAAAAGAUUUGUAAAAAGAUAUUAUUAUUAUUACCAUUAGUAUUAUUAUUGUUAUUAGACUCAGUUAUUAUCGUCAUUAUUAUUAAGCAUUAUUUAUCAAAUGCUCCGGGAAAAAAAUCAUCUAAAAAAGCAGUAGUAUAAAUGUAUACAAAAAUAAAUACAUAAGGUGGAUGAUCUAUGUGAUAUAUGUAUAUUGCACUCAUAAACGAAUGUAAAGAAAGAGCAACAAAGAUUAUUCAAAAAUUAUAUAUGACAAUGUAUUUAAAUUUUCAUAUUUGACCAUUUUUACAGUGUAUACUUCAAGACACGUUUAUACAGUCCCGUACUAUAUUGCGGAACGAUGAACAAAUCUCCUAUAAUUAUUGUGUCUCUACUUAAUGUUUUUGCCAGAAAUUUAUAUUAUUAUAAAUAAUGUAAAUUUCUCUAUUCGAAACCUAUAAAAUGAUACAAUGCUACGUGAUGGCAACAUUCCUAAUAUGAAUCGGCCUUUCAUAUUUAAACAAAAACAUGAAGGCUAAUUGACAUAUAAAUAUCACAUAUUAAUUUAUAUAUAAAAUUUUUUCUAGGUUCAUUUUUUCAUGUGUGAUUGAAAAAAGUUAAGAAUUCAUACAUUCAAGCGGAAAUGGCGUAAAUAUGUUUUUAUUUCUUUAGACAUGCUCAAAAUAUCGUAUAAAUACAUAAAGGCAAUACUAAUAACAAUUUUCAUAGUUUUCACUAUACAUAAUUCUUUUGUUUUUCUUUUUUACUAGUCUGGGAUAUUUCAAUUUUGUGAUUACUAUUUAUCAUUCUUAUUGUCUACGUUUACGACAUUAAUUAGUACGAUGAUAAUAGUAUGCUAGCUUUAUAAUUCUUUGUUGAAGACAUUCCGAAUAUGUAAAUUUGUAUCUAAACUCAGUAAAAAAAAAGAACAAAAUUGUAAAUAAAUUUUUAUUUAAAAAACCAA